AUGAGUUAUUGGCCAAGUCAGCCCCAUACUUUCAGGAAUUCUGUUGAAGAUUACUCAAUGGAGCUGAUGAAACUCGCUCAAACCCUUAAUGUCUUCAUUGCCAAAACACUAGAUGUUGCUCCUGAACUACUGGCAGACAAACAUGUGGCACAAUUUCUUAGGAUGAGCUACUACCCUCCAUGCACGUCAAUGCCAGAAAAGGUGCUAGGCUUCUCACCGCAUUCUGAUGGAUCUUUUCUGACUAUUCUGCUAGAAAUUAAUUCAGUUCAAGGCUUACAAAUUAGAAGAUCUGGUGCAUGGAUUCCUGUGAAACCACGUCAUGAUGCACUACUGGUGAAUGUGGGUGACCUUCUUGAGAUUUUGUCGAAUGGGAAGUACAAGAGCAUUGAGCAUCGGGUCACCAUAAAUGCCCACAAGGAGCGACUAUCUAUUUCAGCAUUUCAUGUCCCAAACUAUGGUGGAAUAAUUUCACCAAUUUUGGGAACUAUAGAAGAGAAGAUGUUAUACAAAGCAGUGGGAGUAGAAGAGUAUGCAAGACUUUAUUUCGCAAAUAAACUAGAAGGAAAGAAAGCCCUGGAUUAUGCGAAGUUAUCCGGAAUAUAA